AUGAAGCUGAUCCAACGCCGCGUUCUUCCGUGGAGAUGCCUCUGCGCGCAGCCAGCACGCGCCUUCUCCACAAGCUCCGCCCGUCGAACCAUCAGACCCAUCACUGAGCUCUCCGACCGCGUAGAACCGUCCUACAUCCAGCGCCGGCAGACCACGCUCCUCUCCCUGCAAUGGCCGUCCCCGCCGCGCAACAUCCUCAUCACGAAGAAGAAACGCACUCCUGGUAUCACCGAGUCCCUCAUCGAAUACACGACGCAUCUCUCCACGACCUACCCCUCGAUUAACAUCAUCCUCGAUCCCGAAUCCGCCGCCGAAAUCCACGAGCAGGUUUCCUUCCCAGUAUACACAUUCGCCGCUCCAUCUCACAAUGGCACACCGCAGUACCUACCGGAUAAAACCGAUCUGGUCUGCACCCUCGGCGGCGACGGCACGAUCCUCCGUGCCAGCAGUCUUUUCGCGCACUCUGCGAUCGUCCCGCCGAUCCUAAGUUUCGCGAUGGGCACAAUCGGCUUUCUAGGGGAGUGGAAGUUCAAGGAAUACAAGAGAGCGUUCAGGGAGGUCUACAUGAGCGGCGCGAGCGAUGCCUACGCCAACCUCGACAUUCCUGAAAAGGAGCUCCGAACUUCGCCGCCCGCAUCCCCGGAUGACCCCCUCGACAAACCGCUUUCAUACGCAGACAUCAGAGGGAAAUCAAUGGGCUCCAACCGCACAGCGCGCGUGCUCCUCCGGAACCGCCUCAAGGUCGGCGUCUUCGGGCCCGACGGGAUCCGCAUAAACAGCUCCGUCGACGAAGACACGUACGCCCUGAACGAGGUCAUUGUCCACAGGGGCUCGUCACCCCAUCUCAAGAUCAUAGACGUCUUCGUCGGCGGCCGCUUCCUCACUGAAGGCGUAGCCGACGGCAUGAUCAUUUCCUCGCCCACCGGCUCGACCGCCUACUCGCUUUCCUCCGGCGGCUCCAUCGUCCACCCGCUCGUCCCGUCCCUCCUGCUAACGCCCAUCUGCCCACGCUCGCUCUCCUUCCGCCCCUUAGUCCUCCCCGCCAACACGCCCAUAACGCUGCGCCUCGGCGAGAAGAACCGCGGCCGCGAAGUCGAGGUCUCGAUCGACGGAAAGCGCAUUUCGGAAGGCAUGGGCGUCGGCAUGGAAGUCCGCGUGCUCGGCGAACAAGUCAAGAACCAUGCGGGCGAGUGGUGCGGCGGCGUGCCCAGCAUCGUGCGAGGCACCGAUGGCGUAGACGACAAGGAGGAGGAUCAUUGGGUCGGAGGCUUGAACGCUCUGCUGAAAUUCAACUACCCGUUUGGCGAUCAGGAUGUCGAUGGAGGGCAUCGGUAG